AUGGCCUUUACAGGUCUCCAUCUUCUUUCUCUGCUACUGCUGUCUCAUGUAACCGCACUUGUUCGAGGAACUUGUGAAAAUGGUCAGUUUCAGUGCAGCAAUGGACAGUGUAUUGACAUGGACUGGAGGUGUGAUGGUACCAAAGACUGCACAGAUGACUCAGAUGAGCAAAACUGCCAAACCACAUGCAGUACGCAAGAAUUCAAGUGUGUGACCAGCGGUGAAUGCAUUUCCCUGGGAUUUGUCUGUGAUGGCGAGGUAGACUGCGUCGAUGGCUCAGAUGAACAAAGGACCUGCGGUGGAAGGACCUGCAGCACAGAUCAGUUUACCUGCCAGGAAGGCCAGUGCAUUCCCCUCAAAUACAAGUGUGACCGAGUUAAGGACUGCGUGGACAACUCUGACGAGAACACCUGCAACUAUCCACAGUGCACUGAGAAGACGUGUGCGAACGGAGCCUGUUAUAAAAACUCCCAACACUGCAACGGGCUGCAGGACUGCAGAGAUGGCUCAGAUGAAUUCAACUGCACAACGAACCACUGUCCCAUCCACCAGUUUCAGUGCACGAAUGGCUACUGUGUCCCAAAUUCGUUUGUGUGUGACCACUGGGACGACUGUGGGGACAACAGUGAUGAACAAGGCUGUGGUGAGGAUGACACUAGUCAUUUAGGCUUCAUCGCAACAGAAUAGAUGAGAGUAGUACCAUUUCUAUCUAUCCAUCCAUCCAUC